UGGAAGACUCUAAGGGAACGCGGUAGAGGCCAGGAGAGGAGGCACGGCGGACGGCGGGGAAGGCAGAGGUGUCAGGGAAAGGACAGGGAGGCUUCGGGCACCCACGGCCGCAGCGCGGGGCAGCCACCCCGGCCCGCCCGCCGCGCUCCGCCCGCCCUCCCGCCGGCACCAUGGUGGACAGGGGCCCCUUGCUGACCUCGGCCAUCAUCUUCUACCUGUCCAUCGGGGCGGCGAUCUUCGAGGUGCUGGAGGAGCCGCACUGGCGCUCGGCUACCGACGACUACAAACGGCAGAAGACGGAGCUGCUCAAGCAGUUCCCUUGCCUGGGCCAAGAGGGGCUGGACAAGAUCCUGCAGGUUGUGUCAAAUGCUGCUGGACAGGGAGUUGCCAUCACUGGGAACAAUACUUUCAACAACUGGAAUUGGCCUAAUGCUGUGAUCUUUGCUGCUACUGUGAUCACUACAAUUGGUUACGGAAAUGUUUCUCCAAAGACACCCUCUGGGCGUCUCUUCUGCAUAUUUUAUGGGCUCUUUGGAGUUCCUCUCUGCUUGACAUGGAUCAGUGCUCUGGGGAAGUUCUUUGGAGGACGUGCCAAGAGGCUGGGCCAGUUUCUGACAAAAAGAGGAGUAAGCCUGAGGAAAGCACAAAUUACAUGCACAGCUAUUUUCAUUGUUUGGGGUGUCUUGGUCCACCUCGUUAUUCCUCCCUUUGUCUUUAUGGUGACUGAAGGAUGGGAUUACAUCGAAGGCCUCUAUUUCUCAUUCAUCACUAUCACCACCAUAGGAUUUGGAGAUUUUGUUGCUGGUGUAAAUCCAGAUGCAAACUAUCAUGCCCUUUACAGGUAUUUUGUGGAGUUAUGGAUCUAUCUGGGACUAGCUUGGCUUUCACUCUUUGUGAACUGGAAGGUCAGUAUGUUUGUGGAAGUCCACAAAGCAAUCAAGAAACGGAGGAAAAAAAGAAAAGAGUCCUUUGACAAUCAUCUUAGGUCUAAAAAACCCCUUCAAAUGGGUACCUCAAAGGAUGUCAACAUUUUCAGCUUCCUUUCAAAGAAGGAAGAGACCUACAAUGAUCUUAUUAAGCAAAUUGGGAAGAAGGCCCUGAAGACAAACAAUGACAAAAUGAUUAAAGUAGAAAAUGCCAAACAAAACAUGCAGAAUGCCAGUAUAGAUGCCCAGGUGACUUACACAAAGACAGAGUCAUUCGAGUAUGAUGAGGCUUCCCUGGACAUUCAAAAUGGUCAUGUACUGAGACCCCUGCAUGAUAAACGUAUUGGAGAUAGCCCGCUAGAAGGAACCAUGUUUGUAAACCAGCUGGACAGGAUUAGUGAAGAAGAAGGUGAAGUGUGGGAUUCCAGAGACUAUCGACCCUUAAUAUUUGAGAAUGCCAAUAUAACAUUUGUAAAUGAAGAUGAUGAUGAAGAGGAAGAUAUCUCAGAUGAUGAGGAAACAUCAAAAUCCUCCAUGGAUGAUAAUCUUGCAGAGGAAUCUGAAACUGCAAAAAACCUGGUAAAAUUCCCAUCCUCUGAUGAAUCUACCUUUACGAAUAAUGAGUUAGAACUUUCUGUGCCUUAUGAACAACUGAUGAAUGAAUAUAAUACAGUAAGCACUGUGAAGUCUGCAACGUGAAGUAUGUUUGACAAUGGUUUUCUGGAACUGAUCAGUGCAUGUUGAACAAAUUAACAGAGCAAGGAGAAAAGCAUGUUUUUGCAGCUUUUCCUGUCUCUUUGAAAACAAAAGCAAGUCCCAAACUAAUAAACUCCAGUGUUUUUUUUUCCCACCCUGAGUUGGUUUCUGAGCCCAUCAGCUUUGCUUAUCUGAAAAACUUGUAAAAUAACAGUUGAAUUUGGAGUCCUGCUUCUUCUUGGGAUUUUAUGGUUCUUGAACAAAGUAGGAAAGAAAAGACUAGUUAAUACACUGGACCUGCUCUGCUUUUAUGCAUUUCAUUGAGGAAUUAGUUUGGGAGUGUAAUUAUGCUGUUGCAAAGAGACUGUUUGGGGCAUCAAAUGUGUUCGGUUACUCCAUUAGCUUUUCACCUCUGAAAACCUGGAUUUGAAUCCUUCUUUGAUUGCAAAUGAAAGCAAGGGGGUUUUGUGUUUUGGGUUUGGGUUUUUUUUGGGGGGGGGGGUUGUUUUUUGGUUUUUUUUGAAGCUGCCCAUUGUGAAAUUGUUACCACAAAAAAAUGGUGCAACCACUAGUUGCACUUAAUGAGAAACUUUAGAUGGAAUACCAGGACACACAGAUCUGAGCUGAGGUGUGCUGGCAGACUGAGGAGGAAGCUUCUGAAACAUCUGUCUAGAAUAUGUCAGUGCUUGUCAAAUCAUAGUGAAUUGUAAUUUCAUAAAUAAAAUAUUAAAAUUAAAAGUUCCAAAGGAAUGGAUUGAGGAGCCCUCUAACAAGGAAGAAUCAUCUGGGAUGAAACUCACCAAUUGGGCUGCUAAACUGCACAUCAGCCCCAGAACUGUUAAAGAGUAAAAUGACUGGAAGACCUAUUGAUCAAAGCAUGUAUGAGCACAAGCAGGAUGCAAUGAACAUUUCUAAUGUUGAAAGUGUCCUUCCACUGUUCAUUUCCUAGAGGAAAUACUUGAAUGAACCUUAUACAGUAUCUAUGUACAGGUAAAGUUUUAUUGACACUGUUCUUCUGAGGAAAAAAUCACCUUGGGAGGCACAGAUAUUCUCCAAAUGCCCUAAUGCCUCUCAGAAGGGACCUGUAGCACUGCUGCGGAUCUGUGCAGUGUGUUAGUCAGUAUUGUUAUUUGAUGUUCCUCCCUGUCUUGGUACUUCAGACUAGACUUGAAUGAGAGAUGGUUUUUGAAACAGUUGAUUACACUUUGCUUAUUUGUUUUGUUUUAAAGUUUGACUUAUGUGCAUAUACAAUGGUUAUUCUAUCCCACGUUCAAGAAGGCUGGGCAAUGUCAAAUCUUGGACAAACUGAGAUGUGAUCAAGUGACUUAAGGCCAUAAGGCACUUCUUCUAAAGAAGCUUUGGCUCUAAGCUCCUGAAAGUAGUAUCUUUUGGCUUGGAGAUGGGCUUCUCAUUGAGAAGGAGGUAUGUUUCUUCAUAACAUUUAUGCCCAAAUUGUUUUGGCUACAAAGAAAAUUAUACCAUGGUUUUAUUUUUCUUUCUUUUUCCAUAUCUAUGUGUUAACCCUGACAACUCUUGCAAAUGAGGCUCUUGAUUACGUGUUGGCAAAAGGUACUGACUUCAGUUGUAUCCAAUAUACUUGGAAGAGAAAAUAGCCAAGACCUUUGAACCUUAACAUGUGAAGUUCUAUGUUCUGUUUAGUUUUACAGUAUUCAAGUCGUUCCAGUAUGUCUAAAAGUUUCCAAAGUUCAGUGAACAGUUAAAAGUUGUCUCAUUCUUGUUUCAGUGUGAUGCUGGCAGACUCACUAGCUCUGUAAGAAGAGCUUAUGGAAUAUUGCAAUGCUAAUCUUGAAUUACUAGCUAUUUCUAAUAACUGCAAAUAUUGGCUGCAGCUUCAGUUGUUGGCCUCUUCCACAGAAAAAGGAGGACAUACGGGAAACUAGCACUCUGGUUGGAUAGCCUGUUGAUGGGAAGUUUUGAAGUUAUCUACUGUGAAACAAGGGUCUGUCUUUACUAAUCUUUUUUUCAGAAUUUUCCAUGUAUAUGACAUUUUUUCAAAUAGAAAGUGAACACAAGACUAGGGCCAACUCUAUUAUACUGGCAAAAGUGUGGAAUCGACAUAAUUAGAUUUGGUAGUUAAUCCAUAUUUUAUGGUAAUAUCGCUGAAGAGACAUUCUAAUUUGAAAUCAAAUUUUAUUUUAUUACUGCUUUUCGGAGUGAGGGUGACUGGAUGAAUUUGACUUGUAUCUGACAGGAAAGAGAGAGACGCCCUAUCAAGAAGAUUCUGAUUUACUUCUAAUAGACACCCCCAGCCCCAUCAUUUUAAAGUGACUCCAAGCCCUUCAAGUAUUUCUGUAUAUCUGAAGGGUUGUGGUUGACAGCUAUACCUUGUAACUGUAAGAAAUCAUAGGUAAGACUAUACAUGCAUGAUACACAGGAUGCUUGUGUAGCAAGUCUAGCCUUUUUUGUUGCUGUUGUUUAAACAAGUGCACAUUAACUUAAAAAAAAAAUAAUGAGAAGGCACUCCAUAUAGCUUUUGUUCUCCAACUUGUCUUCCAUUAUUGACACAAAGGUCAAAGUUUUAAUGACAGUUAGAAAGCUACAGGACAGUGAGGAGAGAAGAGGCUUGCUGAAAGUACAUGAAAUGGAAAAGCAUAGUCCAAUCUUCAUUUUAAAAAAAGAAAAAAAUUGUCUUUAAUAUAGAAAUAAUACAACCCAGACAUUUGGCUGGGCUACUUUGAUUGGGAGGGGAUGUUGCACACUAGAACCCAGACUCUCCAUUCUCCGUAGCGAAGUGCACUUGUACGCCAGAGCCGAGAAUGAUGGGAUCUGUUUCAUAUUAUCAAGUGAGAUGUGGCUCUCUGGCCUUUCCCAGUGUAGUCAGCAUAGACUAUAAGUCUGUAUAAUAAGUAUCAUGGGAUUUAAAGUAAUAGUUUAAAUUUAUUAAAACAAAGUACAAUAUUCCCACUUUUUUGGGAAACAUGAUCACACCUCACUAAACUGUUCUCAAGACAUCCCACUAUGUGCCUUAAUCUAAUCCUAACACUGGGAAAAAAUUCCUCUUUACACAGAGGCCAACACAAUUGGUCUCAUUAAGCCCUACUUGUUUUCAGUGUUUUGGAGGGGUUUAGUUGGUGCAUAGCUUUCAUACUGGCUCCCUCCAAAAAGUUGAACCAUUUCCCAGAGUUUUUAAAAUUAUGGUGCCAUCUCAGAACUGCCAAAGUGCUAAGCAAGACAGCUUUUUGCCUGCCUGUCUUCCAUGUCUUGAGAAAAGCAGCUGCCUGAGAGAUCUAAAUUAAUGUCUUUUUGCCUUCAGAUUUACAGGUAGUGAGUUAGAGGGGUGUCCAGGCUGGAUUUGAGCUAUUCAGCCCCAAAAGUGCCUCUGAGUGAAUUCCCCAAUGCUACUUGGUAAGGUCUUGUAGUUAUUUCAAUUAUCUGGUCAAUCUGGAAACAUUUUCUUUGGAUGCCAUGUAAGAUUUCAUUUGGCUAACCAAUAAUGUUAACAGCUCUCUUAAUGCUAUGGAAUUGGUUUUAUAGGUGAGACAGAUCUCUUCCUGGAAAGAAAGGAAAGGGGAUUUUAAAAAAAGAACAACUGAAAAAAAAACCAAAAAAAAAAAACACUUAAAAGCACAUAUAAGGAAGGGAUGGAAUAGAAGUAGAAACUCUUCUUUCUAGCUAUUGCCUACAACUAGAUUGUAUUUACAGUCACAUCAUGUGAAGUAUGAAUCCACUUUCACAAUAUAAACUUAAUAAUUUUGCCAAGAUGAGCCAGUACUUAAAAAAAUAAAAUAAAAAAAAUCCUGAAAUGUGACAACAGAAGUCUGUUCCUACAAAAGCCCUUUUAAGUGCUAUAGACUGUGUGACCCCAUCCUUCAUGACAUCGUUGUGAUGCUUCUUGGUUUUGUCUUGUGCUAUUGAAGCCUAUUUUUACCAGCAGGGCAUCGUUUCCAGAUACAUAUCUCACAGCAGGCAGUCUAACACAUCUGAUACACUGGUACGAAAUCACUGAGGAAAUAUAAAAAGUGGUCUGUUAAAUUUUCCUGAACUAAUGAUUUAUGAAUCUGUUGCUGGCAAUGGAUGUCACAAAACAUGCAGAAAUAUAACCAUAGACUGAUAACAGAUCCAUGGUGACACAGUUGUAUGUGUUUGUUGAGAUUUUUUUUUUCUCCAGUUGAUCUGUGAGAGUGUGUGUAGAGACAGAUAAGCGUCACUGAUGAGGAGAGCAAAACAAGCAAUAUACAAGUCUGACCAAACAAAAAUACCCCAAGAACUCUGUAGACUUGUAAUUUUUGUGCCUUGUAGGAUUUAUUCCAUUUGUGAUGAUUUAUCUUUUAAAAAAUUAGCUUGUCUUUCAUAUGGCUUUUGAAGUUUGUAUAGUUCUGACUUAUCACUCCACAAUAUGUCUGUCUGUCUGUUCUUUGUUGCUGAUUGUCACUGGAAUCACACUGUAUGUAAAUACUUGCUAAGUCUUUGUAAAAUGUAAUUUAUUUUAAUAUUUUGCAAUAAAAAUUUUACAAUUU